GGUGUGUGGGGACCAUGGGGUUCUUCUGUGCCUGGUCGCUGCAGUGUGACGUGUGGUAGUGGAUCAAGACCAUGGACGCGUACUCGUGUGUGUAAUAACCCUGCACCAAAGAAUAAUGGACGCUUCUGUGUGGGGAGUGACACUUUGACUGGCACAGAACGCUGUGGAACUGACCCAUGUCCAGGUCUGUGUAGUGAUCCAAGGUGUUGGGUACAAAUUACACCCCAGGGACUGUGACAAGUUUAUCCAGUGCUACUACAAUCCAAACGGUCAGACCACUGGAGUUAUCCACUCUUGUCCCUUCGGACAGUACUGGAACCAGGAUAUUCUUCGCUGUGACCAGGCCUGCAGUGUCGAUUGUCCUCUCGAAAAAUGCAAAGGUGACUGUGUUGCCGUGGCUACUGGACGUGUGUCAACGGAAAGUCAGAGGCUGCGAGUUGUCCAGUCGGGUUUGCCUACGUUGAGACCAAAGGCUGCUUGGUAGACUUUACCUGUAGGGACAUGUGUCCAACCAUCUGCACUGGCAAAGAGGUGUGUAACGUGCGUCCGUGGUGGAAUGACACACACAAGUACGAGGAAGGCGGUGGAGACAAUGGGUGGAGAGCAUCAACGUGUAAAAAGAGCAGCCUCUACUUCGACAUCGUCGGCUGUCAGUGCUCAAAGGCUGCCACUAAAGUUUGUGACGCGGUAAUGACGAUGGAUUUCUCCGACCCCGGUCGACUGACGACUGCACCAGGGGUCACGGUCACGACGAACAACGUGACCGUCAUGAACGGCGUGGCCAUGUUCUCGAGUCACGGUCUGAUUCGUACGAGCGUGUCGCUGGUGGAGGCCACGGGCGGGUAUCCCGUCACUGUACGACUGAGUUACAAGGCGACGAGCCGUGACAGACAGGUCCUCGUUAAGAGUCCGCUGUGUAGGAUGGUCGAAUCAUCGUCGCUGGUCGUCACCGUGAAUGGCAACGAUGUCGUACUGGAGAUGAAGAACUGGUUUGGUACAGCCAUGUCCAUGAGAGUUCCCACUGAUGACUUCAAGACUGAUGAAUGGAAACAGGUGUCAUUCGUAUAUGAUGGGAAGUUCGCCACUGGAAGAGUUUCUGGUGAUAAGGUGACCUACAUAUUCAAAAGCUUUGCACCCAAAAUCUCGAUCGCUCAGUGUGGUCUUGAUUUUGGAACCGAUGAAAAGAAGGGAGCAUUCACAGGAGAAAUGGACAAGAUUGGUGUAUACCAGUGUAACCCGUGGACUCCUGUGUAUUGAUGAAGGACACCUUUAAUGUUCAACUAACAGUGUUAUUUUAGAUCAUGUAAUUUUAUCAUUAACUGAAGUGUGGUGUCUAACUGUUAUAUGCUGCACAUUUUUAGAAUAUUAAUUAGUUCAAGUAAAUGUAGACUUAGUUGCACCAAAAAGAAAAGAAAAAAAUCAUAAUGCUUUUACAUUUAUGGAAAUUUAAUACUUUAUCUUAAAAAGCUAUCAUAUCUUAGGUCAUUUUCAUUCUUAAUGAUUCUCAUUACCGUAGAAUGUGCUUUUCCACAUAAAAGUGUUUUAAAAAUCACAUCCGCUUUAUGCCAUUUUUAUUCUUAAUGAUUCACAUUACCUAAGAAUGUUCUUUGUUACAUAAAUGUGGUUUUAGAAAUCUAAUAUUUUUUUAUACCUUAUGUAGGUAAUUAAAUAUUGAUAAUUUAAAACCCUUUUCUCACAAAGUUGUUCUAAAACUUGUUAUUAAAUGACUUUAAUCAUAAGACUAAUGUUGGAAUUGAAGAAACAAUCGGGUCCCAGUAUAUCUGCUACAGUGACAUUACACUGCAGCUAGGAUAUUUAAUGUUAAUACACAGUUUGCGAAGAGAUAUAUCAAAGGUGGGAUUUGCGACAACCAUUUGGCUGAACUUGCCCCUGGCCAUGUCACAGUUAAGAGAUGUCACAGAUGGGAUCUGGUUUUGUCACAGUCAUGGUGUGUGAGAUGUCACUAACAACCAAUUAAACCUCCUGGAUCCACUACUUAUACUGCAUACUCUACAUGUACACAUUUAUUUUAUAGAAUAUAUUUUUUAUACGUUUUUUCUAUAAAUUGAUUUGUAUAACCAGUAUUUCACAAAUAUAUGCAAUAAUGCUCACUGCGAUUCUUAUGCAAUUAAUUGUUGAAAAUAAAAUAAAUUGUAAUA